UCAGGUGACUUCGUGUGCUCCAAAGGGUGGACCGCCGCAUUCAACGGCGCAAUUGGAACGCACGAGCCAGUCGUUCGCUUGUGGACGCGGCAAACGACAGACGACAAACGACCAGUUCGCGGCGUCCAUAUCGAGUUGUGGCAAACUCCAAGAGACUCGAGAUAUCGGUGCAUGUAGCGACGUGAGGGAAACAUAAUUGUUCCCGGUAAAAGUCUUGUUGGUUCCAUUCUGGUCAAGAUCCCGAGACCUGAACAAUUGCUCAUGCAAAGCCAAAAACUGAGACGACAGCCCAUGUCCCUCCUCUGCAUCUCGUGUGGCCUCUGCAAUUUCCAGCACCGCAUCCGGCGACCAAAGUGACUCUAUUGUACCCCUAACCCUGGUUGUAUGAGGACAGCUCCCUUGAGCAUCACCGAACGAAGAUCUGAAAAUGGGGUUACGGAUCACGACGUGGAAUGUGAAUGGUAUCAGAAAUCCAUUCAGUUACCAGCCAUGGCGGGAGAAUCGCACGUUUCAGGCCAUGUUCGACACCUUGGAAGCCGAUAUUGUGGUCAUGCAGGAGACCAAGAUUCAGCGGAAAGACUUGAGAGACGACAUGGUCCUCGUCCCUGGCUGGGAUGUGUAUUUCAGCUUACCCAAGUACAAGAAGGGUUACUCGGGAGUUGCAAUCUACGCUCGUUCCUCGAAAUGCUGCCCGAUACGCGCCGAAGAAGGCAUUACUGGCGUCCUGUGCCCACCGAACUCGUCCACAAAGUUUCGCGACCUGCCCGCCGAUCAGCAGAUUGGCGGUUAUCCCACUCCCGGCCAGCUCUCCAGCGACAUAGAUGAAGCUCAACUCGACUCCGAAGGAAGAUGUGUCAUCUUAGAGUUCCCUGCCUUUGUUCUUAUCGGUGUAUACAGCCCGGCUACGCGAGAUGAGACCAGGACCGAGUUCCGUCAGGCCUUCAUCGACGCCAUGGACGCCAGAGUUCGUAACCUUGUCUCCAUGGGGAAGGGGGUAUUCCUUUGCGGCGACCUCAACAUCAUCCGAAACGAAAUGGAUACCGCCGGCCUACCAGAACGGUUGAAAAAGGAGGCUAUGACACUCGACGACUUCAUCUCGACCCCUUCACGCCGCUUCUUGAACCAAAUCGUCUUCGGUGGCCGAGUGAUCGGUGAGCCAGACGAGGGGCGAGAGAAGCCCGUUCUUUGGGAUCUCUGCAGAGAGUUCCAUCCAAGGCGACCGGGCAUGUACACCUGCUGGGAAACAAGGAAGAACGCAAGGCCCGGAAACUUUGGUAGCCGGAUCGACUACGUCCUCUGUUCCUCCGGAAUCAAAGACUGGUUUAUCGACGCCAACAUUCAGGAAGGCCUCUUGGGAUCUGAUCACUGCCCGGUCUAUGCCACCAUUGGCGAUACUGUCAGCAAAGAUGGUACCACCAUUCCCAUCACAGACAUAGUGAAUCCGGAGGGCAUGUUCAAGGACGGUCAACGCCAGCGUGAAUGGUCCCAAAAGGACUGUCUGCCUACCUCGGCGAAGCUCAUUCCAGAGUUUGACCGACGGCAGAGCAUCAAGGACAUGUUCUUCAAGAGGAAAACCCCGUCCACCACACCCAAGUCAGCCACCCCGGCUGCCGACAGCCAAGACACUUCUGAUCCUACCAAUACAUCUUCCACCACAGCGCAUGCCAGUGCUGCACUACAGGAGGCCGCGAGCUCCGCACCAUCGCCGAAGCAGUCGUUAUCUCAGUCAACUACAACAGAGCCAGCAUUGUCGCAAACAUCCCCCGGCCCAAAGAGACGAGCUGAACAACCGGCAUCAUCCAUUAGGCCACAGAAGAAAGUCAAGGCGGCCCUCUCCAAGCAGCCAUCCUCGAAAACCGGGCCAGGCCCAUCGCAAAGUACGCUCAUGGGCUUCUUCAAGCCGAAGACUCCAACUCCAACUCUCAACCCAGAGGAACGACCUUCCCCUAUAAACGGAAACAAUCACUCUCCCGCAACGAUAGCCGAAACAACAACGCGAAACGAGCCAUCUCCAGCGAAAGGAAGCCAACCAAAGCGAUCCUUCGAAGCCGACGAUAUAGAAGAAUGGGACGAAGACGCCGUCGAAUCCAAGACCAGCCCGGCCAAACACAAAGCAACCGACACCGCCAUGGAGGACGAAGGCAAAAGAAAAACGGUCUUCGACCCCAUCCAGAACAAAGAGUCUUGGUCGAAGCUGCUUGGCAAGAGGGUCGUUCCCAAGUGUGAGCACGGCGACGAUUGCCAGAGCUUGGUGACCAAGAAGCCGGGGAUCAACUGCGGCCGAUCCUUCUACAUGUGCGCUCGACCCCUCGGACCGUCCGGCGACAAGGAAACGGGCACGGAGUUUCGAUGCAAGACGUUCAUAUGGAGCAGUGACUGGAGUGGGCGGCAGUAGGCGGUCUCAGGUCGUAUUGGAUAACAUUGCAAUGGGAGGACGAUCUUGAGCGAGACGCUCUCGUCAGCGGAGGCGGGGCGAUUCUUCUUCCAGCCCGAGGGGACGGAAGAGAGGCUGCUCUUGAUAUGGGCAGAGGCGCCCGCGGCAAGGAGGAGGACGGAUUGGUUGAGGGCUGGAGAUUGAGGCGUUGCAGAUAAUGACAAUGAGAGAUACUCCUAAGAUCCAAUCUUCCUAUCCUGCAGGUGGUUGAAUGCGGUUGUAUGUCUCCUGAUAGCACACAUGCGAAUUGUCCCGAAGCCCAUGUCCG